AUGUGGCCUGAAAUCAAAAAGCCACUUGGGUUCGCAAUUAGUGGAGGCGUGGACUCUAUGGCGCUUGCUUCAUUGUAUGCGCAAGCUAGAACGACUAAUCCAUUCCUUCCAAUGGCCCAUGGGUUUAUCGUUGAUCAUAAAGUGCGCCCCGAGAGCACAGAGGAAGCAGAGUGGGUUGCGCAGCAAUUGCGCGGGAAGUUUGGGAUGGAAGCUACCAUACUCCCUCUCACCUGGCCCAAAGACGUCGACCCCCUCGAUCCUAGGCGAUUCGAAACGGAAGCACGCGCCCUCCGAUACCAGGCUCUCGGUAGAGCAUGCAAAGAAAAGAAGGUGCACAUGCUCAUGGUGGCACAUCAUGGCGACGAUCAAGCAGAGACAGUAAUGAUGCGUUUAGCGAAUAACCGGCUGCGUUCUGGUCUCCGAGCUAUGCAGAGUGUCGAGUGGAUACCCGAGUGCGAGGGAAUAUACGGCGUUUACCAUAGCGGCAAAGCCCAGAAACAAGAUACUAGGCUCAACGUCCCAUUUCCCAUAGAGCAGGGGGGCAUUCAGAUUCUACGGCCCCUUCUGGCCUUUGAGAAGUCACGGCUUAUCGCGACUUGCGAAGAGAAUGGCAUCGUGUGGGCUGAGGACAGGACCAACCAGAUGCAGACUUUGACCGCGCGCAACGCUAUACGGCACAUCUACAAAAAUCACAAGAUGCCGGAGGCGCUGAGUAUCAAGUCACUAGUCGCUGUCUCACUCAAUAUGCAAAAGCGCAUUGAGUCGCACAAAGCUCACGCCCGGAAGCUCUUCGACCUGUGUCCGAUCAAGCUUGACGUUCAGACGGGUUGUCUCCUCGUCCGGUUUCCACCGCUGUCUUCUCUACUAGCUCGACCCAUUGAGACCGAGACCGAUAAGACCGAAGCUAAGGACAAUGCGUACUGCCUAAUAGAGCGUGUUGCAGCACUGGUCACUCCAAAGCUAAAGGCCCCGCUCGGUCAGAUCGCGGGUAUAAUUGACUACAUCUAUCCCGAACUCGAAACCUCCGAAGGGUUAGGCCUCUCUGCCUCCGAAAGGGAGAAUACCAUUAAGUACUGUUGCGUUUACGGCCUCUGGUGGCGCAUAUGGGGCAAGCGCUCUCCUUUCGAGGUUCCAGAAGAUGGCUUCCAUCGUGCCCAAAUACAUCCAAGGGAAUGGCUUCUCACCCGCCAACCUCUGCGCAAUGACCCCGUUAACCAUAUCAUAUACCCACCCUCAAACAUCACAGUGCCGAUCACCACGCACACGACGUCGAGGCCAAGAGAGACAUACCGACUAUUCGACGGACGUUUUUGGAUCCGGCUACGAAAUCACACCGCCGAUACGCUUACGCUCCGCGUAUUUAACAAGGAGGACAUGCGGCACCUUCCUACCGCACAAGAAGAAAUAGGAGGAUAUCAGGAAGAUGUCCUGACCAACGUACGUCCUCACCGCUUCAUAUCCGCCGCCUUCGCGCUCCUCAAACCAUAUGAUCUCCGCUUUACGCUUCCUGCUGUGUUCCGCACAGAUAGCGCGACGGGAGAGGAAACUUUGGUAGGAUUCCCGACGCUAGAUGUGCGUAUGCAUGGCUUUGGGGAGCCGGAGUCAGUGUGCGAGUGGAGUGUACACUACAAAAAGAUUGAUUUCGGAAAUCGCUCGGUUGGCGAUACCAUUGUGCCUGGUUGUUCGCGAUUGAAUAUGGUAGUAGAAGAGAGGAGGCAGAAGAUGGCGCUCAAGAAGAGCAUGUCACGACUGAAGCCGAGGGAGAGUCUCGUGCUUGGAGAUGAUGUAGAUGAGGCACGGGAUGAUAAGUUCACGGGCUUUAAGCGUGGGUCUCAUAAGAAUUCACAUCAGAACAGAACACGCAAUAGACAACACAUGUUUUGA